AAAUACCCAGCAGUCAAUCCAUAAAAAAAAUAAGAAAGCAAAAUCAGUAACCUUUCAUCUGAAUCGCCCUCAUACCCUCUAGAAGGCUCCACUCACAACUAUAUCCACUUACCACUCACAUAUGUCAAUAGCGUCCCUGGCAACAGCCUUUCAGGAGCAUCCUCCCAGCAACACUGUCGGCGAGUACAUUAUCGGUCCGGAGAUCGGUAAGGGCUCGUUUGCCAAUGUUUACAAGGGUGUUGGCCCCUCAGGCCACCCGGUAGCCAUAAAGUCAGUCUUCCGGCUGCGUCUCAAGUCUAAGAAGCUUGUGGAGAACCUUGAGGUCGAGAUUUCCAUCUUGAAGAACCUCAAACACCCACACAUUGUGUCGCUUUUGGAUUGCCAAAAGACUGCCACUCACUUCCAUCUCAUAAUGGAGUACUGCUCCUUGGGCGAUCUCUCGUACUUCAUCCGCCGCCGCGACCAGCUCGUAAAGACCCACCCCCUCAUCACCUCCAUUCUCGAACGCUACCCCUCACCACUGGCAGAGUCCCAUGGCUUGAACAAAACCCUCGUCAUCCACUACCUCCAGCAGCUCUCGUCUGCCCUCGAGUUUUUGCGGGACAAGAACCUCGUGCACCGUGACAUCAAGCCUCAAAACUUGCUCCUUAGUCCGCCGCUUCACUCGCGCCGCGAGUUUGACGAUGCUGGGUAUGCUGGGUUAUGGGAGUUACCGGUGUUAAAAAUCGCAGAUUUCGGGUUUGCCCGGUUCUUGCCUCUGACUUCCCUCGCAGAGACGUUAUGUGGGUCGCCGUUGUACAUGGCCCCGGAGAUUUUGCGUUACGAGAAGUACAAUGCCAAGGCAGACUUGUGGUCGGUGGGGGCCGUGUUGUACGAAAUGGCUGUCGGAAGGCCACCGUUCCGGGCCUCCAAUCACGUCGAGUUGUUGAAGAAGAUUGAAAAGGCCAAGGACAAGAUCAGCUUCCCUCUGAGCUUUGAGGUGCCAGAGGAUAUUACGCAUUUGAUUCGCGCGCUCCUCAAGUGCAAUCCCACCGAGCGGAUGUCGUUCCAGGAGUUCUUCACCGACCCUGUGAUCACCUACGAUUUAUCGCAGGAUAGCAUUGACGAACCGUUGGAAAAGCAGGCGGAUGAGAACUUGUUUAUCAGCGAGUACAUUUCGCCCCUCCGUGAAAAGACACCUGUGCAAACCUACGUGCCAAAGCACUCGGGCCAGCCAAAGCCUGAGGGUAGACACGAUGAGGAAAUUAAAAUGAUUAUUACCAAAAACUCCCCUGCCCCAGAGCCGCACACCUACAGUCCCGCCCCCGACCCUCGGGCUUACAGUCCCCCAGCAGCCUCAACGCAUGACUUGGUGAUCGAGAAGGACUAUGUAGUGGUUGAAAAGCGAGCUAUCGAGGUUAAUGCGCUUGCCGACGAGUUGGCACAUGCAGGGUCUGGUGCUGUUGCCAUCUCUCGCGAAAGCCAAGAAAAACAGGGCCGCAGAGCUUCCUUCGCCGACCGCCGUUUGAUCUCCAUAAGUCCAACCAACGCGUUGACCAAGGCUUUGGGAUUGGCAAGCAAUCGGUUGUUUGGAGUUAAAGUGGGGGAUGGAAAGAUGGGGAUCAACAUUUCGCCCCCGGCCUUUGCCACCAACUUUUUGCACUUGCAGGCUGAAGCCGCUGAAAAGGCCAUAGCCACUGGCACGGAAAUGACGGUUUCUUCGCCCAAGGAGGCAGACGAAGUUUCAAACGAUUCAUUGGUGGCCCAGUUAGAAUCCCUCGCCACCAAGGCCCAUGCGGUGGGCUUGUUCGCAGAGGUUAAGUUUUCCCAGUUGAUUCCGUCACCACCAUCUUCCGACACCCACGGUAAAACCGAGGAGGAUUCGCCAGAGUACUUGCCUCCACCGGUAGUGAAGACGAUCGCUGAAGAGGGUGUUGUGUUGUACCUCAAAAACCUCUCAUUGUUGGCGAAGGCGAUGCAAAUUGCCUCGCAGUGGUGGCAGGGCAACCAAGACCCGUCACCGACCUCGCCCAAGUUGAAUGAGCUCGUGCAAUGGAUCCGUGAGCGGUUCAACGAGUCCUUGGAAAAGGCCGAAUACAUUCGGAUCCGCCUUGCCGAAUCAAACGAUGCCCUUGGACUCGAUUCCGUUGGCUCUGGUUCGUUUGAGCACCCAAGGACGAAAAUUGUAGCGGAAAAGCUCAUCUUUGAUCGAGCGUUGGAAAUGAGCCGUAACGCUGCCGUGAACGAGUUGGUCAACGACGACUUGAAGGGGUGCGAGUUGGCGUACCUGACGUCGAUCUGGAUGUUAGAGGCGCUUUUGGACGAAGAUCCAAACAUGAAGCGUUUAGACAAGGAGGACCGGGCAAUGAUCGAAAAGUUCAUCGUGAGCAUUGGUAACCGGUUGAAUGUUUUAAAGAAGAAAAUCGAUGAUGCCGCAUAGUUACCAUCUGGACGUUUUGAGAGCCAAUCACGGAGAUUUCCGUAAGCCCUUUUUUUCCUUUUCUUUUUUCUUUUUGUUUUCUUACUUGGGAUGCUACGGGUGCGAGCUGUGUCCCUCGUGGUAUCAUCUAUCUACCGCUCUGAGUGACUUGACUGUGGUCUAAGGCUUCGCAGAAGGCUCAAAAGAUAGGACAUAUGGUUUUAUCUUUGGUUUUGCAAUACAUUCUUUUGGCAUACGAUAAGUGCUCUCCUCGGAGUUUUUCGUCUUAUCCUGAUAUGUUUGCUUUAUAUAGUUUUGGUGGGGGUGUCGUCCUCCUGUGUUAAUGAUAAAAUUUUGUGUC